GUAGGAUCCUAGAAUGGUUUGUUUGUGACCAUCCACUCUUCUUUUGAAUGUCUUUGCGAGCAGGAAUAAGGAUAGCUUUGGCAAGACCAUUAGUUCGAAUUGUUGUGGUUCAGCCAAUCAUGGCCAGACGAACAAGGGCGAGUGUGGCAGCGGCCUCGGCGGCCGCACCGUCGAACAAUGUUGCGGCGGCUCCUCCCCCGACAACGACAACGAUGAUCCAUGCUCUGGAGCAUAUCCCUCCUGCACCUAUCAUUCCUCUCCCACACGAUGAGUUGACGCCGUUAUCAAGUGAGGCAGAGGAGCCUGUAGAGGAUAUCAAGCCGAAACGGAAAAAAGCGGCUUCCAAGAGCACAUCGACACCAAAGCGGAAACGGACAAAAGCGGAGAAUGAAGUAGAUGAAGCGACGACACCAGCACCGAAGGCGGUAAAGAAGGAAGCUGACGCGUCUCCCGAUACGUCGGGAGGAUCAGAGUCUAAACCAAAAGUAAAGACACCGAAGAAGUCUCGGAUUGCAAAGGAUGAACCUGAGUUUGAUUCGGACGGUAAGGAGAUCAUCAAGAAGAAGCGAAAGCCAAAGGUUUAUCCAAAGAUCGAAUAUGACAUUCCGCCCGUCGAACGCAAGGAAACGACUUUUAGAGGACGCCUUGGCUAUGCUUGCCUAAAUACCGUCUUGAGAUCGAUCAAACCCGACAGUAUCUUCUGUUCGCGGACAUGUCGGAUAGCAAGUAUUGAAGAAGAAGGGAUGGAACUACCGAAAGGCUUGGCGAUGAUGAACGUCAAAGAUCUCAAGGUCAUGAUUGAAUGGAACGAGCAGAAUGGAAUCCGAUUCCUGCGCAUGUCAUCUGAAAUGUUCCCAUUCGCCUCGCACGAGAAGUACGGAUAUGAUUUAUCGUUUGCCGAUGCCGAGCUCAAAGAAGCGGGAGAGCUUGCGAAGAAGUACGGUCAUCGAUUGACGAUGCAUCCGGGUCAGUUUACCCAGUUAGGUUCCCCGAAGGAAGCCGUCAUCAAAGCUUCGGUUAGGGAACUGGACUAUCAGUGUGAGAUCAUGGAUCGGAUGGGAAUUGACAAGGACGGAGUCAUGAUUAUCCACAUGGGUGGCGUCUACGGGGAUAAGGAGAGCACGUUGGCAAGGUUUAAGGAGAAUUUUACUACCCGUCUGAGUGAUUCCGUCAAAGCGAGAUUGGUGUUGGAAAAUGAUGAGGUAGGGACCAGAGUGCGGCCCAGAGAUUCUGACGGACAGAUUUGCUACAACGUGGAUGACCUGCUGCCGAUCAGUCGAGAGCUUAGUAUACCAAUAAUAUUCGACUAUCAUCACGACUGGAUUAAUCCCUCUGCUCAACCUCCUGGCGAGCUCAUACCUCAGAUCAAGGAGAUCUGGGAUCGGCGUGGUAUCAGAAUGAAGCAACACUUGUCAGAACCUCGUCCAGGCGCAGAGACUGUGAUGGAGAAGCGUGCGCACGCCGACAGGUGCAAGGUGCUGCCACCUGAUCUGCCAGACGAUGUGGAUUUGAUGAUUGAGGCAAAGGACAAGGAACAAGCCGUUUUCGAGCUGUACAGAAUAUAUGGCCUGCACGAACCGAUUCACGACAAUCUGCGACCUCCGAACCCUGCUCCCGGGUUGAGAACCAACGGCAGAAAGUCGAGCGUCAAAAAAAAGACCAAACCUACAGGCGACGUGGACUCUGAGGGCAACAGUGUGGUACUCACUGAUGACGAAAAGGAGGGAGACGGUGGCAUCGGCGAUGAAGGAGAGAUUGGCACGCGUGAAGUCAAGCCGAAUGUAUGAUCAUAGAG